AUGGGGAACCAGCCAAGCUCGCCGAAGAUUACAGCCCAGGACAAGGCCAUUUUCCAGCUCAAGCAGCAGCGAGAUAAAAUCAAACAACAUCAACGGAAAUUAACUCUCGUAUGCGAUAAACAGACGCAACUUGCACGCAGAGCCAUUUUGAAUAAGCAACCAGAACGAGCAAAGUUUUACCUCCGAUUUAGGAAACAGCAGGAGUCGACGAUAGCCAAGACGUUUGAACAACUUGAUAACUUGGAAAAACUAAUAGGCACCAUUGAGUUUAAGUUGAUUGAAAAAGAUGUAAUGUAUGGUUUACAACAGGGGAAUGCCGUGUUGAAGCAAUUGAAUAACGAAAUGAGUGUAGAUAAAAUCGAUAGGAUAUUGGAUGAUUUAGAAGAAGAAAAGUUGAAAGAACAGGAAAUAAGUGAAACAUUGGGGUUGGGAUCUGCAUUGAAUCGAGCGGAGGAAGAUUCCAUCGAUGAGGAAUUUAACAGAUUGAAUCGGGAGAUUCACAAUGUGCAACAACAAGAAGAAGGAGAAGAAGAAGAAGCACCACUAGCGAAAGUCAAACUACCAGAGGCACCAAAGGAGCAAAUCAUGCCUGAAGCGCCCACAAAUGAAGUUACUGACUCAAAAAGCGGUCCACAUAAGGUACAAGCUGAACCGGUACCAAUCUAA